UCGCGGUUGUUGCUCUGUUGUUUUAGGUUAGAUAAAUAUUAUUCACCCAACGACAAUGUUGUUCUCCGGUAAAAAGUUUCGAAGAGUCAGAUGUGAGAACCUCGACGAAAUGUUGUCAGCAACUCAGGCAAACGAAGACAUCGUCCGCGUGUUAAAAUCAAAGGCCCCUAUUGUGACGUUCACGAUGAAAGACGAAAAUACAAUACACAUGGACCUGGAAGUCGAAGGUAAACACGUAACUCACAGCUUCAAUUUUGGAGAAGAACAUGAGAUGGAGAGAAAAGAUGGAGGAAAGGUAAAAAUCACAUACACCAGAGAAGGAAAUAACAUUCUUAAUCAAGUGAUAAAGAUGCCAGACGGAAAAAUAGCUUACUUUAGAAGGGAAAUCAUAGGCAAGGAAAUUAAAAUGAUCGUCAACAUGGAAGGGUCGGACCUCACCGCUACGAUAUAUUACGAAGUUAUUGAGUAAAACAUGGAAUAUACUCU